UUAGAGAAAGGAAGGAAAAUUUGUGUGUUUGGUGUGCGAAAAGUGGGAGUGUUGUGCUGUGUUUUCAGCUUCUCUCUCUCGGGGGGAGGGUUAAACACGGUGGGGAUCUGUGCUAGCGGGGGACGGCAGCAAGGUCGCGUACGGCAACGACCUCCAGCGGCCAUGGAGGUGGAAUCGGCCCCGACGUCGGAACUGUUGUGCUACAAGAACCAGAACAAUAACAAUGGCACGGCCCUGGGUCACAAGGAGGUCACGGCGGCGGCGGAGGAGGACGGGGACGGGGACUUGCAGGAGGAGGAGGCCGGAGGUCGUACCAGUCGGUACGGGUACGCCGGAGGGGAGGACCCGGACGUCGCGGAAACCAACAACGGCAAUGGGUUGCCCCAGGUGGAAGACUUUGACGAUGACGAGCUGGAGCAGGUCUACCGGACGGUGGACAGCCAGCGCUCGGCCACCGUCCAGUGGAUGGACGACGACGAAAUCGAGCGGCUCGAUCUGUCCCUGUCGAUCGAUCCGACCCAGAUCGUGUUCAACCGGGUGGACAGCGCCGACAUCAUCUACCAGGCCAAGCGGAAAAAGUGCAAACUGGUCGGCAAGUACGUGAUGGGGGACGUCCUCGGCGAGGGCAGCUACGGCAAGGUGAAGGAAGUGCUCGACUCGGAAACGCUGAGCCGGCGGGCCGUCAAGAUCCUAACGAAGCGCAAACUCCGCCGCAUCCCCAACGGCGAGCAGAACGUCCGGCGCGAAAUCAAGCUGCUCCGGACGCUGCACCACCGGAACGUGAUCGAACUGCUGGACGUGCUGUACAACGAGGAAAAGCAAAAGAUGUACCUCAUCAUGGAGUACUGCGUCGGGGGGCUGCAGGAAAUGCUCGACUCGGUUCCUCCGGAGCGAAAGCUGCCGAUGCACCAGGCCCACGACUACUUUGUCCAGCUGCUGGACGGGCUGGAGUAUUUGCACGGGCGGGGAAUCAUCCACAAGGACAUCAAGCCGGGGAAUUUGCUGCUGACGUUGGACCACACGUUGAAGAUAUCGGAUUACGGAGUGGCGGAGGCCCUGGAUGAGUUUGCUCCGAGCGACGAAUGCACGACGGGGCAGGGUUCGCCGGCGUUUCAACCGCCGGAGAUUGCCAACGGGCACGACGUCUUCUCCGGAUAUAAGGUGGACAUCUGGAGCACCGGGGUAACGCUUUACAACAUUACAACCGGUCUGUACCCGUACGAGGGUGACAACAUCUACAAGCUGCUGGAGAACAUUGGCAAGUGCAAGUGGGUCGCCCCGGACUGGCUGGAAUCGCGCCUCGCGGACCUCCUGACCAACAUCCUGCAGGAAGAUCCGGCGCGACGGUUUACGCUGCAGCAAAUUCGACAGCACGAAUGGUUCCGUUGCGCGCCGGUGGCGACCUGUCCGCUGGUGCCGAUUCCGCCGCUCAAGGGCGAUGCGCUGCGACGUUCCACGGUGUUGCCGUACCUGGAGGCGCACCACUACGAGGCCGAACGGGACCUGGCGAACGUGUACUUUACCGAGCACGACAUUAACGAGGAGCUAGCCCGCCAGCAGCAGCAGCAGCAAAGUGCCUCCUUGGACCCCGCAGCCGCCACCCAGCAGCAGUACAUGUCCCGGCUCGAUUCGUUCGUCAUGGACGAGUACAACCACUAUCACACCAUUCAUCACAACAACAGCAGCAGCGCCGCCGGAAGCGGUAGCAGCACCAAAAAGAAACACCAAAAGUAUCAAGCGGCGGCCGGAGGUUAUUCCGGGGAGGGUUCCGGCGAUGCCGAGAGUGGGUCAUCGAGUCAGCACCGGAAGUUGCGGAGUUUUUCCCUGUCACCGAAAGCCGGCUCGAGGCAUUCCACGGCGGAACCGGGCGGAAGUAGUUCGAAGCGGAGCGGUUCCCGGAAGCCGGUGUCGUGUAUUUCGUGGAAAAAGUGGUCCCACUGCCGGCAGUCGUGAAACAGUGAUGACGAGGACGAGGAGGACGAUUAGAGAGAGAGAGAUGCCAUUCGUGUUGUACUAAAUUACUAAAGGCGCGCCGCUAAAGAGGAGAAGAGAACAAUAGAAGCAGUGCUCUUUUCGCCGUUGUACUACUUUUUUGUUUUUUAGUGAUGAAAAUAAUAUAUGUAUAUUUUAAACAUAAGCUUGUUUUCUAAGUUUAGUUGUAGUAUUUUUAAAAUGAGCAAAUAAAAACAAGCGCGGGAGUGAAUAUAAAUUGAGAGCCACCACCACUAUUAGUACUAAAGAAGGAAAAGAAAAAAAACACUAGCAAAUAGCUACUUGAUAUAAGUUGAGAGAGUAUAAAAUGAAAAAAAAAAAACUAUUAUGAAUCAGUCUUACUUUAUCUAUUUAACAAAAAGCAA